AUGGGAAAUGUUGAUCAUAUACCACAGCAACGCGUCUGGACGCGAAAUCUUUUUGUAAUCUUCGCUUCUUUAUUACUAUUCUUUAAUACCUUAUCUCUAUUGCCAUGGGGAAUAUAUCAUGCUCGAUCACUUCUUUAUACCGAUAAUCAUUCUACCUCACAGUUUUCUUCCAGUCUUGCUUCUCUCGAAACUGUGGAUGUUGGACAAUUGCAAGGAGGGGAAGAUAUUGCAUCAGUACUCAAGGCGGCCGCGGAUAUUCUGGGUGCAGUAAGCGCACAACAUCAUCUUACUUCUUUACAAGCUCUGAGCAAUGAUUUGCAUAAGUUGGCUGUGGAUACACAUCAAGCACAGAGCGGGAACAGUUUGAAAACUCGAGGACUUUUCGAUGGGUUUGCUUCAAUAUUAACAGGCGGCGCAGCAGGAGGAGCGGGAGGGGCAGCGGGCGCUGAUGGAGCGAAAGCGGCUACGGGAGGAGGUGGCCUCACGGGAAUUUUCGAGACACUCGGUGGAAAACUUCUUGAUGUUACUGCUGAUUCUUUGGCCACGCCGGCAGGAUUCUUGGGUGAUGGUGUUGGAAGAGGUGCUACGACUGGUCUUAAAAUUAAUAAUGGAGUCAAACAAACCACUGCAGAAAAGCCAUCUGGCGUCAACGCUAUCGCAGCAAAUCUAGGAUUCGGAGCUUCUAAUGCUCUCACGGGAACUUUAAACACAUCCUCAUUCCUCGCUGGUGCAGGAGCCGCUUCUUCCGCUCUAGGCACGGGUCUCGGAGGAGGAACUGCCAGCGGAUUGGGUCUGAAUAAAUCAGCUGUUGUUGCGCCUAAUGGGACUGGUAUCCCUUUGAUUGCUGGGAAUCUUGGAAAUGGGCUUACUCAAUCGCUUUUCUCGAAUAUCGAUAUGUCGAAAUUGAUGACGGGUUUGCCGAGCUCAGGUCUUAACGUUAAUGAGAUUGCAUACGGAUUCACCAAAUCCCUCUCAAGUUCCUUCCUUGGCGCCGUCGAUGUCAAGAAGCUAACUUCCCAAGCCAUGUCCGGAUCCAAUCUUACCAGUAUGGUUGGACCUACUCUUGUAGGAGCUGGAUCUGGACUGGGUGCCGGCGCAGCGCAAGGUCUCGGGCUCUCUAAUGCAGCUGUGGCUCCUAGUACUGGAGCUGAUGCUGCAGCGCCAGAAGUGGCUCAUAAUUUUGCAUACGAACUCACGACUAGUUUCCUCGCAAAUGGAACGCUCUCGUCCUUGCAAUCGAAACUUAUGAGUGCCAUGUCUAUGACUAAUAUUUCUGCUAUGCUGGGCCCGGCAGCGCAAGGAGCGGGUAGUGGUAUUGGACAAGGUGCUGCCGUGGGUCUGGGCCUGCAGGAUCCUUCGACGGCACAGAGUCCCAUGGGUGGAGAUGUAGCGAUGGUUGCGAGAGAUUUCUCAUAUGGCCUUACGAGUAAUUUCCUAGCUAAUGGUACGGUUUCGCGUCUUCAAGCGAAAGCGGCUGCGCUUCUUGGUGGAGGGUCGAAUUCUUCUUCCGGGGCAAUGAUGUCGGCUUUACAAAAAAUAUCUGUUUCGAAAGCAGCUGAGGGUCUCGCAAGAGGUCUUGUCGAUGGUGCGGGUCAAAGUGUUGCGAAUAUGGGAGGUUUUCAGGCGAUUCUCAAUGGAGCCAAUUCUUCUGAAGUGAUGAUGCAAGCUGCAGUGCCGAUUUUCAAAUCGGAUGAUUUCAAUGAUACGACGGGUGGAGUAGCAACAUCUUUUGGACAGGGAUUGGGUGGUCAGGGUGUGACGUUGAUUGCGCAAAUGUUGGGAAUGAGUAUGUCGCUCUCUUCCAACGGUUCAUUAACACCAACCACUCUUGGAAACAACACCACGACUCCCGCAUCGUUCUCCUCUCCCGAAACACCCGCAAACAAUCUCUCUACUCCAGCCAUCCGAGCUCGCUCCUACAGAUCCUCCUCCUCCAUCAUCCGCAAAUCCGCCCCCAUAACAUCUCCAUUCCCCAAACUCAACCCCGCCCUCCACAAACGCGUCGACGACCCCACAAAUCUCAACAUCUCCGAUAUCACCAGCGGUCUCCUCACCGGCGUCAACGUCACCUCUCUCGAUGUACUUUUGCAAAAAGGAGUCGAUACACUCACAUGCCAAGGCAUCGGGGGUUUUGUCGAGAUUUUCCAGGGCCUAAAAGCAAGUGGGAGUAUUCCAGCUACGGGGGGAAGCGUCAUGUUACCUAAUGCGACAUUUACGGUUACGAGUCAGGGAAAUGAGUUUUUGAUUAAUCCGGCGACGCAAGUGACUUUGGUGAACGGGAUUGGGAUUAGUCGGUUGACGAUUUUGAUUGUAGCGCAUGCAUUCCUCCUCAUCCUCGCCUACUUCCUCGCCAUCCCCCUCGCUCUCCUCCUCACCUCCGGCCACGAAAUCGCAACCAUGCUUUCUCUCCCCCACAUCUGGGCUUCUGCCUCAAAGACCCGUUUCCGCAUCUGGAUCUUCGCCGUCCUGCCUCUCUCUCUCGGCGGCGGUAUUCUCGGGAUUCUUCUCCUCGGCUCCGCAUCCCAUGGUACCACAUUCCACGGACUUCUCGGAUUCGGUGUGCUCGUUUUGACGAUGUUGGCGUUUGUGCUGGAGAUGAAAUUUCUCCCCGGAAUAGAGAAAUUGAAAUUGUUGAGGGGAAUAGUAUUGAGUGUUUUGUUGGCCGGGGCAAAUGCGGCGUUUGUAACGGGGUUUGUGGAUAUUCAGCGGAUUAGUUUGUGUACGGUACGCUUGCCGGAUCAGGUGUUGAUUGGGGCGGCGAUGAAUGCGGCGAGUUUGUUUACGACUGGGACCACGGUGGUGGCGGUGAAAAUGAGGUUGGAGAAGUGGGUGGGGAGGAAGAAGGGGGGUGCGGGUGCGAAUGUGGAUGGGGGAGUGAAUGAUAUGGAAAAGAGUGGGUUUGAGGUGGAUGAGAAGGAGAAGGUUAGUUUGAAGGAGAGGAUUAGGGGGUUGAGGGGGUAG